GCAACUCUCCGCCUGCUUCGGGCGAGUCCUUCGCUCGUUCCCUCAGGGCUCUGCCGCCGCCGCGCGGCGGGCAGGGCUGGGGGGGGGGCCGUGCCGGCGUUCGCGGUCCGAGCAAGCUGGGCCCUGCUGCCGCGCCGUCGCUUCCGGCAAGAUGGCGGCUGGCGCGGCGCUGCCGGGUGCCCAUGGCGGAGGCUGCGGGGCUGCGCGGGCGGGCGCUGCCCGAGCUCCGCGAGAUGCUGAGGCGGCAGCAGCGGCUGCUGGCUGACCGGAAGUUCAUUGGUAGGCUUCCAGAUAAGGGUAAGAAGAUCUCUGAUUUUGCUGAAAAGCUGAAGMUUGCCAUUUUACAAGAGGAAGAAUUAGCCAGGACAGCUGAGCUGUUAUCUGCUGUCAGGUUGGAGUUUCGAGCAAAACAGGAGGAGAUWAAUACAAGCAAACAGCAAAUUGUCCUAAAUGAGGACACAGARAACUGUGCAAAUUCCUCAGUCUUUAAUGUAAACUCUAGUGUUAAAGACAUUUCUGACAUUUCUGCUGAAAGGAAGGAAGCAGAAUUUAUUGCGGAAGAUGYCACAAAUACAGCUUUGGAAAAUCAAAGGACUCAGAGGAAAAACGAAAAAGUAAAGACUGUUACAAAGGAUCAGAAUAGUUUUUGUGAAGUUGUCUCCAAGUUGGCCACAAGCAAUCAUUUGAACAAUGAUCAGCAAGUCUCUCAGGGCAAUACUGAGGAUGGUACAGAAAGUACAGCAGCUUUGGGCAGUAGUAGAGAUGCCUUGAUUGAUGCCUUUCGAAGAGUUACAAUUGCAGAUAGGGAUAAUAGUGRAAAAAUACUGGAAAAAGAGCAGAAUGUGGCAAAACAGAAGGGCAAUGCAUUUGGAAGCCAGCAUCCCAAGACACCACAUUACAUUGAAGUUCUAGAGGCCAGAGCCAAGAAUCCAGUSAUUAAAAAACCCAAAUUUAAAACAAAUGCACUAUCAGGAGAGCAGAGUGGAUCAUCUCAUGGUUCUUCAUCCAGUCGAUCACCCGGAGAACUUGGCUCUCCAAUUCCUCCAGAAGAAAGACGACUCAGAGAUAAGAAACAUUUGGAUGACAUCACAGCAGCUCGGCUGCCACCACUUCACCACUCCCCUGCUAAGCUGUUACCCAUAGAGGAAUCCAUAGCAAUUCAGAUACAGCAGAAAGAAGCUUAUGAGGAAAUGCAAGCCAAGCUGGCAGCACAGAAGCUUGCUGAGAGACUAAAUAUAAAAAUGCUCAGGUUUGAGCCAGAGGGGGAUGCCUCAAUGCAGUACAGAGAAGUGAGAGAUGAAGAUUAUUUUUCAGCAGAAGACUGAAUUCAAGAAAGGAUGUCUGAGGAUGAGCUGUGUAACUGAUCUUUAUGCAGUAGUUCUUAAACCCCAGACCUGAAUAUUGAGAAUGCUUAAUCUAGUCAGUUUUCUCUUAAAAUUUUCAUAUGACAUCUCCAGGAACGRUUCAGCAUAGACAUCAUAAAUAUAUAUACAUAUAUAUCAUGUGUAUUUAUCAGUCUUAUGUGGCCACUUCUUAGAGAACUUGGGGCAGUUACUCCUUGUGGACUUUAUAGUUCUCAGCUUUAGCAACAAGAACUCUGAACACUUUUGCAGGCUCUGAUGGGUCAGCUACAAGAGAAGGCUUCUUCUGUGCAGAAAUGUGACUGCAAAGGGCUUUGGCACAAAACAUGUCCRUAAAGUAAGCUAAGGUGCCUGGGAACUGUUCACAUGUAAAAGCUCUUGUCUUGUAUAAAUGUGAGAUACUUCUUUUACCUAUUUAAUAUUACCUUGCUUUUACCAUGUGAUGAAAACWCCUGCCCAGAGAGCUACAAUAAAUACCUGAUCUUUAGGCUAUAAGGUAGCUUCCUGACACAGCUUGUUUCUGUGCCUGCACCUUAAAAUAACACUGCUGCCCUCAUGUUGUAAAUAGGUAAGAAUUUAUUUUGUAACUUGAAUUCCAUUUGGGCUUUAAGGGACUGCUGCUUGAUUUUUGGUUAUUAUAUCAAAGCACCUCAAGAAAUCAAGUUAAUCUGAAGACUUUACUAUUUUUAUUAAAGAUUUUUAUGGUUUUCCUUAUUUUUGUACACUGCUUUCAUACUUUGGAAUAGUAUUUUUUCAUAGUCCAAUACUGCAAAGUAAGAUAUCCACCCUCUGGUUUUCUAGGAGAAAGUGUUCUGUGUAUUUUUAAGUUUUGGUAAACAACAAAUAACCUUUCUUACAAGAACAUGAAGAAAAAUAAGAAUUUUGAAAGAUAAGGRACACACCUGACAAGUAUCUCACAGCUGUAUUUCACUGUGGACUAGGAUUUUCMAAGCCUAGUUUGAGUUCAGUUCUUGAAAAUAAACCUCAGAGAUCCCUUGUAUGGCCUGGCAACACCUGUUUUCCAAGAUGUUACCACAGCUGUGGGUUUAGGGGUAUUCCUGGAUGUAUAUAUGUUCCUURAGGAAUGAUGUCUUUGGAAACCAAGGCUGCUUCAGCUGCAAGUCAUUUAAAAAGCUGCACAGGAUGAAAAUGGGGCAGGAAGGUCUCUGCCACAUCUUGAGUGCAUGCAGCACUUUCCUAGCAGGCAGUAACUCUCUCCCAAUUGUUCCACAAGCUCUCCGGGGYAGUUCCUGUGGCACAGUCCACACCCUGGCAGUGCAUUUUGACAGAUGAAACUGCUGCUAAGCUAACUGAUAUUUUUUCACUAGGUCAUCUGAUCUUUUUUCUUGUACCCUUUCCUCUUGCAGCUUUCUUGUUCUCAUUAUUCAUUGGCUUCUCAUCAGCUGCUUUUCUCUUUUUCUUAAUAGGCUUACCUGCUGUCACUAAACCAAAUCCAUACUSCAUACCCCUGCACCACCCAUUCCCUUUCCUAUGACAUACUGCUGUGUGUGUCUAACUCCUGCCACAUGUCAUGCUUCCUCCUGCCACUGCUACCUUAUCUUGCUUUCUGGAACUCCAUCUGAAUACUAGCUAUGCACCUAGCACCUCCUACGUGCCUCAGUCCCUUUAAUAUCUCUCAGAGUCCACAAUGUCUUUGUAUUUUUGCCAGGACUGCGCUCUUGAGGCUUUYCUGUUUUGGUUUCAGAGUCUGCAGGUGUUUGUAAUCUCCAGGCCUUCUCACCAUUCUACCAUCUUUUCAUGCUUGGGGUUUUUUUCCCUCCUUUCUUUUCUAUGUUACUUCUUCAUCCUUCCAGCUUCUCACCAUCACUUGCCUUUGUCACCAUAGUUCUUUGGCUUGUUUUCAGCCAUUCACAUUCAUCCCUCAGCAUCCAUGUUAAUGACCCAGUUGRUCUCAGCUGUAUCUAUUUCUGUUCAGUGUGUGGCUCUGACUCACAGGCUAGAGGAGUGAUCUCUUGUGGAUGCAGCUCAUCUCUCAGAUCAAUGCUUUCCAUGCUCACACCUGCUUGUCCAGCUGCAUCUUGUCAUCAGCCCUCCUAUUACGGCAGUUUGUACUGCUCAGGGACAAGCAGCUUCAGCACUGUAUUGCCUUUCUCUUUGCUGUUCCAUGAAACAUAAAUUAUGGUUUCCAGGCUAUUUGCAUCUUUCCCCCUUGUUAGGAUCAUCACCCUUAUCCUGCACAGACUGUGCUGUCACAUCUCUGUAAGAUGUUGUGUGUUUUUUCUCCAUGCUGGUUUUCUGGGCUAAAGGAAUUCACACAAAGCUACACAGGGACUUGUUUCUAGAGUACUGAAAUUUAUCUGCAUAGGCUUCUGCUGGCCACACUUACUAAAACAACUCUUUGCUUGUGCUAUUAACACAUAUUUUUGUUCUCUAAACUUUGUAUAGCAGAGGCAAUUUUCUUGGUCUUUAUUUUGAUAGCAUUCAACAUGCUGGGCCUUUGCCAAAAUAAUCCCUGAAUGGGCAAACUUCACCUUUGUGGGGGGUGGGGAGGAAAUCACUGUGGUAACAGGUGAAGUGCUUAAGUAUUUGUUAAACAAUUAGCAGCUAUUCUGUGCACUUUUGGGGUGUUCUUGUGGAGAAGAGUCCUGUGUGACUACAAAGCCAAGCUAAAGGUAUGAAUUUUAAGUUAUUAUUUAAAAGUUUGCAAAACCUUGUUGCUUCUGAGGACAGGUAUGCACUUUGAAUUAUGAUUCUGUGAACAAUAAGAAAGCAAAGUCAGGUUUAAAGAGUCCAACAUUAAGGARGAUGUGCAAUCUAGAAGUUUGUGGAAGGUUGGAGUACAAGAGGAUCAUGAAAUGAUUUGUUGGAUAAUAAAAAGAUGAAUCUUUAAAUGGUUUAGUCAUGCUAAAAAAAGUUUCUGAUUGAGUAUGGUAUUGCUGUUGUGUAUUUCACUGUUCCCCAGUUCCAGAUCAUGUCAGAAUGUAUAUUGAGAGUUGAGGAGCUUGUUCUUUCUCUUGAGAAUGGACUGUUGUAUUGGAAUGGGCUGUUAAUACAGUAAAAAUAAACGUGGAUAAUAUAUUUUUGAAGUUGUUCAUGUGAAUAAGGUUUUGUUUAGACCAUGUAAAGUCUAGAGGAAAAUUGGAACUCUUGCUUCAGUACUUCACAAGGAAAACAUGGAGAGGGAGCUAGGAAACAAUGCCUAUAUCGGGAAAGGAAAUGAGGAGUGCAAAUUGAUGAGAAAAGGCCUCUGUGACCUAAAGCUGGCUAAUCUGGCAGGUCUGAGAGAUGGUACAAACCUUAAACGUGUCCUGUGAGUCAGAGAGCUAUAGCACAUGAGGCAGGGAUCUGGGCAGCACCAGCUGUAGUCCCUUGACUUCUGCAUUGCUGGGAGUACCUGAUUC